AUGGAUACUUAUAAUUGUGGUGCAUGUGGGGAGUUGUUAUCAGAAGGUCCUCACUGCACUGUGUGCAAUCAAGAGCUACAUUUUCAUUGUGAUGGAAUAACCGAAGCUGGCUAUCGCAAGCUGGGAGAUAGAAAGUCUACCUGGCGAUGUAUCAAAUGUAAGCAAACUCACUCUAUUCAGCCUCCUUUAUCACCAAGGAUUGAAUCCGAUGCACUAAUACUUAAGGAGAUAAGAGCUCUCUCUGAUAAACUGGCGCCAUUAGAAUGCCUUAAAGAUGAAGUCAUUGCCCUGAGAUCCGAAUUUGCUGAUCUUAAAUCUUCACUAAAUAAUACUAAUUUGGCGCUAAAAGAAUUUAAUGACAAAAUUAAGGACUUUGAACAGCGUCUAGUACAGGUCGAGAAAGUACAAAAACAUGCUAACCUAAUUCAGACACGAUUAGAAAAACUGGAGCAGGAGUCGAACUCUGUGGAGCAAUGGUCAAGAAUGAAUAAUGUAGAAAUAAAGGGAGUACCUCAGACAAGGGUGAAAACUUGUUCGAAAUCAUAUCCAAAAUUGGGACUAUGA